AUGUCGAAUUUAUCAAAGCUUGAGUUUGUGGCACUUGAUAUUUCUGGAAAUAAUUACUUGUCAUGGGUACUCGAUGCUGAAAUUCACCUUGACGCUAAAGGUCUUGGUUCCACUAUUACCAAUGGAUUGAAGGUUGAAUACCUUACGGUGAAAGAUCCACUUGAAUUGUGGACUGGUUUGAAGGAAAGGUAUGACCACCUUAAGGCAACGCAGCAAUACUGUGAAAGGGGAUUCAAAAAGUAUUCUGAGUUGAUCUCAUACCUUCUUGUGGCUGAGCAACAUAAUAUUCUUUUAUUGAAAAACCAUGAGGCCCGUCCCACGGGAACGACUCUGUUACCAGAAGCAAAUGAGGUUGAAACACAUGGUCAGUCUGAAAGAAGACAAAAUAAAAAUCAGGGCCAAAAUAAUGUGUGUGGACGUGGCAAUGGCAGAGGGAGAUAUAAGAAUCAUCGUGGUGGUGAUCGCCACAAAAGGGAGAACAAUAUGGGUUCUCAAAGCAAUCCUUCAAGAGGCAAUUGUCAUCGUUGUGGCAUGAAAGGGCAUUAG